GGGAGACCUUUAAAGAGCCUCCGGUGCACAACUGUCUGUCCUUUGCACGCCACGACGCCUUGUCCCGCACAUAUGUCUGCCAACGCUCAGCCUACGACGGCUCCCCUAGAGACUUUUUGUCUCGGCCCGUUUCAGGUUCCGCGUCUCUUUACCGGUCUCUGGCAGCUGUCGAGCAACGCGUGGGGGAGUGCUUCUGCGCCCAAAGUGCGCCGCCAGAUGGCACAUUUCGCCGAGCUCGGGUACACUGCGUUCGAUAUGGCGGACCAUUACGGGAGCUCUGAAAUCAUAUUUGGGCAAUUCAAGAAGACCUACCCUGCCCCGGAGAGGAUCCUGGGCGGGACGAAAUGGUGCGUGUUCCGCAACAUCAAUCCCACCCGCGCGGUCGUCGAGGCGGCCGUCCAAGAACGGUUGGACCGCAUGCAAACCGACCGGGUCGACCUGCUCCAGUUCCACUGGCAGGACUACAGCGACAAGGGAUACAUCACCGCACUGCGGCACCUGCAGGACUUGCAGCACGAGGGCAAGAUCGCGACGCUGGGACUGUGCAAUUUCGACGCGAUCAGGACGGACGAGAUUUGCACCGAGCUCGUGCCCGGCUCGAUCGUCUCCAACCAAGUCCAGUUCUCGUUGGUGGAUACGCGGCCGUUGGACGGGAUGGCUGACGUCUGUGAGCGACACGGGGUAAAGCUUCUCACAUACGGGACACUGUGCGGCGGGUUCCUCGCGGACCAGUGGUUGGGCGAGCCCGAGCCGGAUCUGUAUUCUGGCAGGCUGACACCGUCUCAGCGCAAGUACCUCGACAUGAUUGUCAAGGCGUGGGGCGACUGGGCGCUCUUCCAGUCUCUGCUUUCUGUCCUGCGCAAGAUUGGCGACCGCCACGACGGCGUGAGCAUCGCAAACGUCGCGACGCGCUGGGUGCUCGACCACGCGUGUGUGGGAGCCGUCAUCAUCGGUGCGCGGCUGGGCGUGUCGGAGCAUACGGAGGACAACCGGAAGGUGUUCAUGUUCAGGCUCAGUAAGCGAGACGAGGCGGACAUCGAGGCGGUGCUGGAGCAUUCGAACGGACGGAGACUGAUCACGUCAGUCGGGGACUGUGGGGCAGAGUACCGGUAAUCAAUCUAGGACGCGGCGACGAACCUGGGGACCGUUGCAGCCUGAUGCAGACUCCAUAUAUAUGUCAUCAGGAACCCGUUCCCUAGGCGUUCAUGGGAAGCAGGUACUGCUCCCGGCCCCGUCCCGCUGUUAUGCUACGUUAGAAUAAAUUGGGGCACGCUUUUGGUUAUGUGUUAUUAUCCGAGUUUCGGCGGGGAAGCCCUUCGCGCACGCUUAUAGAAUCCAAUUCUUUGCACACCGG